AUGAGGUCCUUUUUUUAUCCAGAUCCAAUCUUUAGUGUGUAUCUGCACCAGAUCGCACUCUAUAUUUUUCACUCUACAGAUAACAAGUUUGCCACCAUGGCUUCCACCACAGCUCAAUUACAAAACCCCGGAGACCUCGGAUACAAUGGCUUCCCCGUGUUGCUCUUCUACUUGGCCCCGGUCGACGUAGAGGCGAUCGGCGACCACAAUGUCGCAAUUGUGUUCAAGAACAUCAUGAAGAAAAACGCCGUGACUAGAGAGAAAGGACUCACAGAAUUUCUCCGAAUGAUCGAGGGCGAUGCGUUUGAUAUCUCUGACUACAACAUUCUUGCAUGCUGGCUCCAGAUCUAUCCUCGAAUGGGAAUCGAUGCCUCCAAGACGGUCAGAAUGCUCGCAGUCCAGAUUGAGGCCAUGUACAUGGAGAAGUACGGAGCAAAGGAAUUUAGCAAGUAUCUCAAAAGCUCGAUGCCCACGUGGCUCAAUGCAUUGUAUGAUGAGCGGUCCAUUGCCGCUGCGGCUAGAGCAGGUCUACUUAGCUGUUUCGGCAACGAUCAGGAGAGAGUUGACGCCAAGAUAUGGGUGGUGUUCCACGAGCAGAUUGUCAACUACUGCCAUGCGGCUCUUGUGCAUGAAACGCCUGCGUCGCUUAUCGACCAGAGAUACGAAAACGCCGAGGAGCUGGUGUUGAAGUAUAACCGUACUGUAAAUUCGGCUGUUCAAAUGCUUCUAAAACUCGUACGCUUAGUAAAUAGUCGUCAACUCACAAUGUCUGAGUUUGCGCUCUCGCAGUUCGAGGAUAUCCUCUCCUCAGAGGCAUUGUGGGACCUUUUGGGCCUCAGUCUUUCGAAGGACUCGUUGAGCAUGCCGCUCUUGAAGACUCUCCUCACAUUCAUCGUGGCGCUCUUCAGCUUCUCUGAGCAAUCUAAACUGUCUCCGGUUAUUGAUAGUCUCUCAGACCUCAAAGGUAUCUAUAAGGUGGUUUCGAAAAAGUUCAUCAAGCAUGUGAAAAUUGAUGGCUCGCAAAACCGUGUGCUUUAUUCAUCUGUUGCACCCUCCCUUGUCGAAGCGCUUGCUACCUUGACGUCAGCUUCCUCCGUCGAGCUGAAUUCCAAGAAGCAUAAGCUCAAAAAGAAUUUCUGGGUAUUGGGAGGCUCCAAGAGUUUUUCGAGGCUCAGAGAUUACUUGAAGCUUGGUCCAUGCAAUUCUGAACCGAUAUAUUUCGAAAAAUUGACGCGCUUGUUCGUCGCCAUUGAUGAGGCUGGAAUUGAGUCAAAUGACGAAUUCCAGUUUUUGGAUUUCAGCGACCACGACCACGCAAAGCUAGUCAUCCUGAAGAUUCUACUCCCCCAACUAGAUCUGUUUAAAGGUAUGGACCUGCUUUCGUUCAAAUACCAUUUCACCAGCUGUGUUUUCCAAACCCUUUCCCUCUUCUCUCUGCGUUGUGACACCACUUCAGACUUGAACAUAGCCGUUUACAUGAGCUUAUUAGACUCCUUUGCAACACCAGCAUUAAGAGGCCAACAAGACCUCAAAAAGAAAUGCCUUGAAAAUUUCGAUACUCUCUCUAGAAAUGUCACGAUAGACCAUUUAUCAGCUACUGCUGAAUUAGUGGCUACCAUUGGUCUCAAGCCUCCAUUUCAAGUGCAAAAUCAACAACUCAAAGCUUCCUCAAAACAACUUUGUAUUACGUAUUUUGAUACUCUUGGUGCUGACAAUGACAACGAAAAUAACUUCGUUGCCGCACUAUUAGAAAAGAUCGAUGAGUGUUACGAGCCUGAGGAACUACAAUGUGGACUUGAGAUAUUGUUGCAUAUUUUGACCAGUUCCAAUACAAGAUAUGAUUCUAUAAUUGAGUGGUCGCAAUCACUUCCGAGCCUUGUUUCGGAGACUUUCGUGGAAUUGCCGAUCGCCGUCUUCGAAGCCCUCUUGAAGUCAGAGAGCAAGUCAAACUUCAAAGACUUGUUUGAAGACUUCUUCACAAAGAUAAUGUCUGACGCACCAUCUCAUAUGAAAAAGUUACUAUCUCUCCUCUCUGAGCAAGACACAUUUAACAUUGUCUCCUUAGAAGAGUCUUUUCCAGAAGCCCAUGCGUACUUACUUGAAUUGUCACAGAAGCUGACGAGACUGAAGGAUGAAGAGCAUAUCAUAUAUUCUUACCUUCAUGAUAAGGAAAUCUUUCAGAACCUUCUCGAUUCCGAAGGGUCAGAAUACGGUGCUAUCAAAUUCAGGGACUUCUUACUUGCACGAGGUGAGGCAGUAUCUGCUCUUGAACAAGCCUCUCCUGCAAUUGCAUACAUUAUCAAGAAGUGUUUUGUUGGUGAAAUUGAUCCUUCAAAUGAAAAAUUUUUGUCGCUCUUUACCGACAAGUCAUUGAUUCAAGCUACCAUUUUCGAUCAUUUACAAGAGAGAUAUGUCUACUCAAAUGAUGCAAUCAAUUUUAUGGCAUCUCAUCCUGAUGUGUUGCCUUUUUCUCAACUAGGUGAGGCAAUUGAAGCCGCUAUAUCUUGUAUUGACCUUCGUCCCUUGGCCCUCGCAAACCGCCUUGGUCAUGAUAUUGUACUCAUUCAAGAGACAAAAAAACUGCAACUUAUGCCUUCCAUAAUCCCACUUGGGGAAUUUUUGGCAUCGCUUUUGGAGAGCGAUCAAAGCCAAGCGAUCGUUGAAUUGGCAUCCUUAUACUUGGAGUAUCUUUCUGACUUUGAAUUCUUGGUGAAUGCUGAAGAAGUACCUGAGGGACUUUCUGUGGUGACCUCUCGACUUGAGAGCUUGCUCGAAAAUCUUUGCUGCAUAUCUAAAGAUAAUUUGGUAGAUUUGGCCAAUGGAAACGCAGAGAAAUAUAUUUUCAUCGAUUUCGCAGCCUCUGUUUCUGGUAAAGGACCUUUUAAUAGCUCCCAAUUCUACCGUGCCAAAGUUCUUGCCAGAGCAAUCGACAAGGGACUCGAAAAUGUAUCACAACAUGAAUUUGAUGCUUUCGAAAUCAAGUACACUCAACUUGUGAGCCAUCCUUUGAGACUUGCCCUCAUUCUCUCCUCUUGUGAUAAAUUUAUUGCCUCGUCGCCAAAAUUGGAUCGCCUCAGGACAUAUGUGUUCAGUGAGAUACUUGGUGUACGGAAUAACGACAUCAUGACAAGUGGACUCACUUGGCUCUGCUUGAGUACUCAUUUUAUUGAGACAGCUGAUUAUGGCUCUAUUCUAGCUGUUCACAAGAUGGCCAUGGUGUACAAUAAAUUAUGGGACUGGCUCAACUCCGAUAUUGCAUUCGAUGCAGAAUUCAUACCAAUGAGAUAUCUCAUUUCUAUCUUCUUGACGAAAUUGAUUGAAAAUCAUGGUGCGGUGGUUCCUGACAAAGUGUGGGAGAUUUCGAUUGAUAUGUGUUUGAACAAUUUGAGCACAUCUCAAGUCGAGCCAAAUACGCUCAGUUUGCGAUACAGCACUAUGAAGCUUUUCACAGCACUCAACAGGCAAAUGCCUGAUGCAUCUGUGGAGUGGAAAGAAUCCAGGAAGGCCAUUUACGAAGAGCUCUUGGCAAUUCUUACCGAUCAAUCGAUAGAAACUGAAUCUAUUGCUGUAAAUAAUAGCCCGGUCAGUAUUUGCAAUGAUUUGAUUGCUAGAACUUUCAGCCGAGCUACAGUUCCAACUUCAAUUAUAACUCCAAAAGUCUCUCAACUCUAUGAGGUCCUCAAUUCUUCCAAAUUUGUGAGCCUCCAAAGAGUCGCGGUAGGCCUUCUUAAGAGCUACAUUCUCGAAUCCCAGCAAGACUUGGUGAUUGAAUACCAGCUCAAAAAAGCAAAUCUUAAGGGCAGCCAAGAGGAACUCGAGAUUUCGCCGAAAUUGCCGGAACCACUCUUGAGCACUAUCGAGGUCGCUAAUAACGGAAAACAUUUAGAAGACUUAGUGGAGGAAGGUGCCGACUCUCAAGCCGCUCGCUUCAUUUGGAGCUGGUACCUCAUUUUUAUGCAUUUUCAAGACACGACUUUCAAUUUGAAAUCGGAAUACAUUAAUCAGAUUCGUGGAGACGGUAACGUGGAGUUCCUCUUGGAUACGAUUUUCGACACUAUUUGGCCAAAUGACAUAUCAUUCCUCAAUCAGUUGGUCUUGAGUCCAAUUGAGAAAGGUACCAAGGUGACACAAGAGAACUGUUUGAUCCAAAAGUAUGAUAUUCUUGAGGGUUUCGCUGGACAUGUCUGGAAAGAAGAGAUUCACUUUGCCUUAGUUCACUUAUACUACUUGAGUUUCCAAUACUUAGGCUCUCAAGUUCAACAGUGGUACAAUAAUAUUCGCGAUUUGCAACAGAAGCAGACAAUAAGCAAAUUUUCGGAGAACUACUUGUCUCCGCUCCUUGUGACCAAGAUGCUCGAUGAAGUUGAAAGCUCCAAGGACAAAUUAAUUGCUGCAGAUGAGAACCUCACCAUUCGAGUGAACAGAGUCACUAAUGAAAUCAAAAGCAUUUACAUCAUUGAUGAACAAACCAUGGAAAUGGUUGUCAAAAUUCCACAGACAUAUCCGCUUUCAAGUGUUGCAGUGGAAGGCCCUCUCCGUCUAGGUGUCAAGGAAAAUCAAUGGAAAGCAUGGUUAUUGGCAUCUCAAAGAGUCAUUUCAUUGACCAAUGGAUCCAUCAUUGAGAGUAUUGAGCUUUUUAACCGAAACGUGAAUCUCCACUUCUCCGGGUUUGUUGAGUGUGCAAUUUGUUACUCCAUUCUUCAUCAAGACCAUUCAUUACCCUCAAAAACUUGUCCAACGUGUCUGAACAAAUUUCACUCGGCAUGUUUGUACAAAUGGUUUAAGAGUUCGGGUAGUAGUACCUGUCCGUUGUGUCGCUGCACCUUCAACUUCCAGCUUGCGCGUGGAUGA